AUGGUGCUCCAGAAUCUUUUAUGGUUUAAUAAUCCAAGAUUAGGUCUAACCUCCCUCCUAAUCUUCCAUCUCCUCUUCCUCCAUUCCGCCGCUGACAACCCCAUCCUCCAACCCAGAAAGGCAAACUGCACGGGCCUGUCCUACACCAAAAACAGCCCCUUCGCCACCAGCCUCGCCGCCGUCCUCUCCUCCCUCACCGCCAAGUCGUCGUCAUCCAACUCCGCCGUCUCCAACGUUACAACCAGAAACAGUUCGGACCAUGUAUACGGUCUUUUCAUGUGCCAAGGCGACCUUGCCGGGUCAGACUGCCAGACAUGUGUCAGGGCUGCUGCCACUGCGAUCACCACCAACAGCUGUUCAACAUACGUGCACAACGUGCACAAGAAACCUGUAACUAACUAA